GAGGCCGUGGGCUGAGAGGGGAGGGCCGGCGUCGUGCGGCUGGGCGUGUCCGGCCAGGGACGGGGCUGAGUGACGGCCCUGCGGGGCGGACGGUUAAGCUGUAGUUUUCGCUUUUCUCGCUGUCUUACACACACACACACACACACACACACACACUCACACUUUUCGUAGCUUGAUUUCCAGGAAUACUCUGAUGUCCUUGGAGGACGGAGCGCGUGAGUCGUCAGAGCGCCUAGUGGUGGCACUGGAGGACAGUGCCGUCCUGCUGGGCCCCCAUGUAGACAGAGCUGGGUUGGGGGCCGGGUGCUCCAGGGGCCGGAGGUCGAGGUGCCUCCUAGUCCACCCAGGGCGCCAGUAGAGUCGGGGGCCAAGGGUGCCCCCUGGGAGCCGGCUGGAGGAUUGCAGACGGGCGUUUGCCAGAGCGACUGCGUUGCUUUCUGGGCAGCCCGCAUUGGGGUCCUUUGGAGAUGGAUGGGUGGGUCAGGGCUGGUGUAUCCCCCAGACCCUGUGGACGUGGCAAGGUCAGUGAUUGGUAGUUGGUAAUCUUCCUCUUCUCACAGUUAAGGUGGCCCAGCUACAAGAGUCCUUCAAGUUCAGUCUCAACUCAUAGCCUUUUUUUCCCUAAUAACUACAGUUGGGCUUUGUUUUCUCUGCAGUGUCUACACGGUAACCUUCAUGUUAGGGCCCUCCAGUUCUGUGGGGCAGCCGUUGGAUGAGUGACCACACAGUCGUUGCCUUUCCAGGGUUUCCUGGUGUCUGUGGAGCCUCUGGGUUAGGCUGAGUCGUCCAGACUGCAGGAAUUCUCUUUGCUGUCCACCUGUCUCUCCCCAGUGGCUCUGGUUGGAGCCUCUGGUGCCCACCCAGCUUCCAGCUUCUGAGGAAAGUGGAGCUGCUAGCAAGAGAAACCAAGAGUAGAAGUCCAGGAGGGAUGCCAGCUGGUGUGCACUUACCCCAGAAGCCCCAGGUCCUGGGCCCAGAGGAGCAGCACAGAUCUUGUGAGAGAUUGGUGUCCUUUGAGGAUGUGACAAUGGACUUCACCAGGGAGGAGUGGCAGCAACUAGACCCUGCCCAGAGACACCUGAACAAGGACGUGAUGCUGGAGGUCUAUAGUCACCUCUUCUCAGUGGCGGGGUACCUCACUCCCAGCUCAGAGGUGAUCUUCAGGGUACAUGCAGGAAAGGCUUCACAGCAGGGGGACACGGAACUCCCUCCUCAGAGGUGUGAAGAAGAAUUUGGGCUUGAUAUCCUACAACAGGAAGUUUCUGAGAAAGCUUCAUUUCAAAAUGAUAUGGUGAGUGAAAUCACAAGAAGUGGUUCAGGGUGUUCCAUUUUAGAAGAAUUGUGGCAGGAUGCUGACCUUACAAAGAGAGAUCAGCAAAAUCAAAUACACCACCUGAGUCAUGGGGCCUUCAUCAGCAAGAAAACAUUGAGCAUCGAGAGCAAUUGUGUACAUAAGGACCCCGGGAACAUCAUUCUCUUGAGGCUUCUCCUUGUUCCUUCACAAAAGAGACCUCUGAAGUGGUGCUCGUUUGUAAAACAUUUGAAACCUAACCUAGAAGCAAAUGUUCAAAAUCAAAGCAGUGUCACAAAACAGCCUGAAGACAUCGGUGGCUCUGGUCAGCUGCUCAUUCAUAGCUCUUCUAAUGCCAGCUGCAAGACGGUUCCUACAGAAGAGAACUUAUGCACAGGUAAUCAGUGUGGAAAAGUUCUCAGCCGUAAACAACCACUUAUGCAACAUCAGAUUCAUCUUCAGGGGAAACCAGGUGAAUGUACUGAGUGUGGGGAGGAAUUCACCCAGAAGCCACACAUCUUUACCCAGCAGAGAACUUGUAGUGUGGAAAAGCUUCAUAAAUGCAGCAAAUUUGGGAAUGCGUUUACCCCACAUCCAAAACUCAGUGUAUAUGUGACAGGCCACACAGGGAGCUCACCCUAUAUCUGUAAGGAAUGUGGGAAGGUCUUCAUUCAGAAAUCAGAAUUGGUUACCCACCAGAGGACUCACAGUAGAAAGAAGCCAUAUAAAUGCCGUGAAUGUGGAAAAGCCUUUUCCCAGACGUUAUCUCUCUUCAGGCAUCAGAGAACUCACAGUAGAGAAAAACUCUGUGAAUGCAGCGAAUGUGGCACAGGUUUCUCCCAGAACUGCACCCUCAGCGGACAUCAGAAAGUUCAUACUGGCGAGAGGCAGUAGGCAUGCAGCGAGUGUGGAAAAGCCUUCACCCAGAAGUCGACCCUCAACCUGCACCAGAGAAUCCAUUCAGGGCAGAAGUCCUAUGUGUGUGUUGACUGCGGGCAGGUCUUCAUCCAGAAGGCACACUUGACUGUUCAUCAGAGAAGCCACACUGGAGAGAAGCCUUAUCAGUGCUGUAACUGUGGGAAAUCCUUCAUUUCUAAGUCACAGCUUGACAUACAUCAUGGAAUGCACACUGGGGAGAAACCGUAUGAAUGUAGUGACUGUGGAAAAACCUUCACCCAAAAGUCACACCUUAACAUACACCAGAAAAUUCAUACUGGAGAAAGACAGCAUGUUUGCAGUGAAUGUGGGAAGGCCUUCAACCAGAAGUCAAUACUCAGCGUGCACCAGAGAACGCACACAGGAGAGAAGCCUCACAGAUGCAACGACUGUGGGAAAGCCUUCACAUCCAAGUCCCGAUUCAGAGAGCACCAGCGAACUCACACAGGGGAGAAACCCUGUGUGUGCACUGAAUGUGGUAAGGCCUGCAACGGCAGGUCGAAUUUCCACAAACAUCAGAUAACUCACACUAGAGAGAGACCUUUGGUCUGUCACAAAUGUGGAAAGGCCUUCCUCCGUAAAUCGGAGUUGACUACCCAUCAAGGAACUCAUAUUGGAGAGAAGCCUUAUGAAUGCUGUGACUGUGGAAAAUUGUUCAGUAAGAAACCACAGCUCAAGGUCCAUCAGCGAAUUCACACAGGGGAAAGGCCUUAUGUGUGUUCUGAAUGUGGGAAGGCCUUCAACAACAGGUCAGAUUUCAAUAAACUCCAGGCAACCCAGACCAGAGACAGUGCUUACAGAUGCAGUUACUCUGUGAAAGGCUUUACCAAGAAAUCAAUUCCUAAUCCAUCAGCAUAUCUCUAGCCAAAAUGUACUCCCUGAGUUAUGUGACUAAGCAGACAUAGAGAUCCAAUUAUACAUUAAUAGUAUUAAUGCUUUAGAAAAAAAUUAGAAAUGUGUGGUCUUGUUAAGGAUUAUGAAUUUUCUCUCAGGAAGAAAUAAGACUAAUAUGUUGAGAACAGACUUUCUAUAGAAAAUGGUACAAGACACCUUGUUACCAGAUUAUUUGGUGGAAAAGUUUUAAAAAAUUAUUUCAUUUAUAAUUGCAUUUAUUGUGGAAUAUCAGUUUUUCUAAAGUGCCAGUAGCCAGGUGCAGUGGCACAUUCCUAUCAUCCCAGCUACUCAGGAGGCUGAGGCAGAAGACCACAAAUUUGAGACCAGCCUCAGAAACUUAGCGAGGCCCUACACAACUUAGUGAGACUCUGUCUCAAAAUAAAAGAUAAAAUGGGUCGGGGAUGUAGCUCAGUGGUAAAAAGCUUCUCUGUAAUCCCCAGGACCAAAAAAAUAAACAAACAAUAAUAAAUAAAAAUAAAAAUAGAGUGUCAGCAAAGUGACUGAUAGGACAAGGUAUGUACAUGGGUCAGUAAUGUGUGCAUGUAUAUUAUAUAUGUAUGUAUACGUGUAUGCUAUAUAUAUCAGCCUACAUAUUUAUGUUUAUAUAUGUUUAUGUGUAUGUAUUCCUGUAGUUCAGUGGGGUUGCUGUAAAAUUUACUGCAAAGCAGGAGUAGAUCAUAAUUAUUUUUUUAAAAAGA